UUUGCUUCCACAACAUGUCUCAAUAUUCCUUCAAACAAUCAACCAAGUCAGUCCAGUACAGCUCUGGCAGCAAUGCCGGAGGUGGCUAUCAGUGCGGUGUAGGGGGUGGCUUUGGAGGUGAUGGAGGUUUUGGUGGUGGAGCUGGUUAUGGGGCUGGCUUUGGUGCCGGGGGCUAUGAGGGGGGUGCCGGUGGUUUUGGCGGUGGUGGCUAUGGUGGUGGUGCUGGAUUUGGCGGUGGUGCUGGAUUUGGCGGUGGUGCUGGAUUUGGCGGUGGUGCUGGAUUUGGCGGUGGUGCUGGUUUUGGCGGUGGCGCUGGUUUUGGUGGUGGCGCUGGUUUUGGUGGUGGUCCCUCAGGUGGACUGCAUAUGGUCAGUGAGAAGGAAACCAUGCAGAAUCUUAACGAUCGUUUGGCCAGCUACCUGGACAAAGUAAAUGCACUGGAAGCAGCAAAUGCUGAGCUUGAACGUAAGAUUAAGGAAUGGUACGACAAGCAGAAGCCCAGCACCACAACCGGAGAGGGGGCAAAGGACUACUCCAAGUACUACAAAGACAUCGAGGAUCUUAAAGCUAAGAUCAUCGCAGCAUCCAAGGAGAAUGCAGCCCUUUUGUUACAGUGCGACAAUGCCCGGCUGGCUGCCGAUGACUUCAAGCAGAAGUAUGAGAGUGAGCUGCACCUUCGCCAGACAGUGGAGGCCGAUAUCAAUGGUCUGCGCAGAGUCAUGGAUGAGCUUAACCUGGCCAAAACUGAUCUGGACUCCCAAUUCCAGGGUCUCACCGAAGAAUUGGCUUCUCUCAAGAAGAACCAUGAAGAUGAGGUUAAAGGUGUCCAAGUCACCGAAGCUGGUAAAGUUAAGGUGGAAAUGAAUGCCGCACCCAGUAACGACCUGACCAAACGAUUGAACGACAUGAGGGCUCAGUAUGAAGACUUGGCCAAGAAGAACCGACAAGAAUUAGAGAACAAAUUUAACGCCGCAACUGGUCCAGUGAAAGAGAAAAUUAAGGAAGACGUCAAAGAAGAUACCACAGUCAAGACUCAAAUUUCAGAUCUUAAGAGGUCCCUCCAGGCUCUUGAAAUUGAGCUCCAGUCGCUACUUGCCAUGAAAAAAUCCCUGGAAUUGCAAUUGGCAGAGACCGAGGGAAGGUUCUGCAUGAAGCUGUCAGUACUACAGGAGAACAUCGCCAGCAUAGAGCAGCAUUUGGAGCAGCUCAGAGCCGAGUCCGAGUGCCAGAAGGAUGAGUACGAUCAGCUGUUGGAAAUGAAGACCAAGUUGGAGAAUGAGAUCAAAACAUACCAGUCCCUGCUGGAUAAACUAGGGGCCAUACAAGUCACCCAAGGACAAGGACAAGGACAAGGACAAGGUCAAGGACAGGCACAAGAUCAAUCUCGAGGCCAAGCUCCCCAGAAGCAUUAAAAGUGGAAAAACAAAUCGGGCUAGAAAGCUUUGUCAAUCAAGAUGGUGGAAGUGGAAGAAAAAAAGAAGAAAGAAGUCAACGAUCCCUGGAAAAAUGUUGUUUCAGCCUGAGAUCUGCUUUAUUAAUGCAAUAUAGAGUGGUUUGGUUAAUAUGCCCUUCUUUCUUUGUUUAUGGGGCUGCUUUAGAUUGGGGAGCGAGCACAUAACACAUUUAUUGACUUAACCUGUCCUUUUCCUUUCCUUUGCAAAAUUUCAACAAUAAACUCUUUUCUGAUGCAAGUUA